AUGGGAGAGGAAUCUUCUGACGAAAUAGUUCUUGCCGAAAGAGUGGAGAAUGACAGCAGCGAGAUAAGUAUGGUAGAAGUUGUAAGGACAUCCCAAAGGCCAGCCAGAAAAAAGAGGAAAAGAUCUGCACAGACUGCUUUGCCUUCAAAAUGUAGAAAGAGACGCGAGGUGGAAAAAGCCUCAGAUGCAGGUGAAAAUUUCAAUCCGGAGAGGUUUGUUGACGGCUCUUGUAGCGAGGGGGAGUUAUUCAGGGUGGUGGUUGUUGAUCAGGACUCCAGAAAAACAUUCCACCUGAGGAGAACGGACACACUGGAGAGUAUCUACAAGGCCUACUACAAAGCCAAUUCUCCGGUAAAGAUGAAAUAUAAAUCCGUUCCCGUGUCAAGGCAUUUGACGCUGGAGGAGAUAGGAUUUGAUGGAGAUAGCUGCAUUACAGUCCAUAGGCAGAGGCGAAUUUCUGGCGUAGGGAUUGGACUGAAGAUAAAUAUUGAUUAUGCUAAAACGAUUGAGAUUGAUGUUUGCAAAGAGCUUACAGUUGGAGACAUUUUCCCAAAACUUGAGGAAAUGGGAUUCCGUGGAGAUCUUUUAGUUAAGAACGGCGUUGUUCUGGACCAUGUGAUGGAUGUGAAAGACGUGGUGUGCACUGGGGAUGUGAUAGACCUUGUGAGUAAGGAUGAGAUUGAAUACAAAAUCUAG